UAGCUUUCGGGUGGAAAGUCGGGAGCUUUCAGUUCGCGACCGUCCGUCCAACAGUUCAGCGGUGUUGGAAAAAUCUGUGGAUUAAAAAAGGAUUCCGUUGCUCAUUGCUAUCAACACGCGGUGCCUUACGGGGAGGGAGUGCUUACUUUUAGUGCCCCAGAGGAUAGUGUAUGUGGCAGAUGAAAACUGCUGCUCGGGAGGGUGAAGACGACAAAAGAAUUCCCGAGUGAUAGUUUGUGGCGGGAGAUUUGAGAUUUGGUGCUAAUAAAAAAAAGUCGAAAUAAGUCAGACAAUUUUAUCGGUAGUUAUGCGAGCGUAUUGAUGGAAUGGCUUAAUGAAUUAAAGUGUAACAAACAAGCGACGUGAAGACGAGAGUUGUAAAUUUUUAUACGACCACCGCAAAACAAGUGCAUAAGUCACUGACAAGUGUCCUCGAAUAACCUUUUUUCGUUCUGAUUGAUGAGAGUUAAGUGUCAUAAAGAUGAAAUGAAGAGUGAAUCAAGUGUACAACGCUUUAUUAAAAUUACAACAAAUAGUUUAUGAAGUGAACCUAUUCCGUCGGCAUUGGGCCGACGGCAGUAAAGCAUCAUUCCAAAUGAAAUAAUUGGCAGAAGAAAAACAAAACUAUGUGCAACCGAGUACCGCCAGAGUGUCAUAACCAAAGUCGCAGCCCCAUUGACAUCCCCUGUUUACAAAAUCACACCAUUAUGCGAUGUUCAUACGCGUUAGGGUGACUAUCGAAGCCCCAACCGCUGCUGCGACCGAAAUUACCGUCCGGACCUAUAUUUGCACUUCUGGCGCCCGAAGGAUCACUCCUCUCCUCAUCCGCUGGAGUAGGACGACACUUGUGAGCAGCUCAGCAAGGGGGAGGAGGAGUAGGAUGGCCACUGCUACCAAAAAUACGUCGGUUAUUUUUGGAAUCGCCCUGCUGCUGUUGGGCUUCCUGAAAGAAGUGAUAGCCGUGAAAAACUAUACCUUGAAACCACGGGUGGUACUUCCUGAAGAUUAUGUAAAAGAGGUGAGGCCACCAUCGAAAAAAGGCACCCCGGUUGUGGUAGAGUUCAGCAUAUUUGUCGUUGACAUCAACUCGAUUAACGUGGAGGACAUGGAUUUCAGAGUAGAUAUGUUUGUGCACCAGAAGUGGGUCGAGUCGCGGCUUGAUUUGCAUGACGAUAUCUUCGAAGAAGGCGACGAUCAUGUUAUACUUCCGCCCGAGUUUUUCGAUAAUCUAUGGCAACCGGAUCCGUACUUUUUGAACUCGAAAAUUUCAGGUCAAUCUUUUAUAAAUGAAGGUAUAAAUAGGGUUAUGUGUGGCAAAAUCAGUUGUAUGACAUCCGUACGUCAGCAAGAAAUUGCCACACUCACACACAAGUUCUCCUCAGUGACGUUGUACAAAAAUUCAACCGUUCGGUACGCCUGCAUGAUGCACGCCAUUAUCGCAUGUCAGAUGGAAUUCCAGCUCUAUCCGAUGGAUAUCCAGAUUUGUCCGAUUUUCAUCGAAAGCUUUUCCUACCACAACCAAAAAAUUCGACUCAAGUGGGCCGACAAUGGCGUCACCAUUAACCCUGAGCUCAAACUGUUGCAGUACAAUCUGGGUCAGCCGCUGCAGUUGGAGGAGACCAAUCGUUACAUGCCGGAAAAAUAUGGAAACUUCUCUCGAUUAGCGGUGUAUUUCCGCUUCGAGCGUCAGAUCGGCCAUCACUUGAUACAGACCUUCGCGCCUUCAACACUGGUAGUCAUGCUAUCGUGGUUUAGUUUUUGGUUAGGUUUAGAUGCCAUUCCGGGACGGGUAACUCUGUUGGUGACGUGCAUGUUAACUCUUGUUACAAUGUUCACUGGAAUGCGUGCGGACAUCCCACCGGUGGCUUAUAUUAAGGCGCUGGAUUUGUGGAUGGCGGGUUGCAUGAUGUUCGUGUUCUCGGCACUGGCCGAAUUCGUAGUUGUAAAAGUGCUUGACGUCCAGUAUCAGCAUCAAAUGAACAAAGUACCGAAAAUACUUCCGAUGCGAAUCAGUGCCAUGGAGAAAGGCCAAUGUGCUACGGUGGCAAACUGGGAGGGCGGCACUGUGAGCGUUCGCACCCGAAAACCCAUCCAAACGCCCACAACUCCUGGCCAGGCUUCACUGCAGGGCAACGGUGGCCCCCAGCCCCCACCGUCUAAACAACCCACACGCAGGCAAAGUAUUCUGUCGGUAGCGUGGACCGAUACGGACACAGGUAUCGAGAAGAUAAUGUGGCGUGAGAUUGAUAAAAUGUCGCGUGUGGUAUUUCCCGGUCUCUUUCUAGUUUUCGUUGUUCUAUACUGGCCGAUACUGAUUUUCAAAACAUCCUGAUCGAUGACUGCACAUUAAUAAUUUCGCUUAUCUUUCCAUUAACAUAAUUUAUGCCAACAAUCCGCUUUGUUUCCUUCAUACAUCUGCACUGUGAUAGAAAAAGUCAUAUACCAGCACCGUGCAAGAGUUAUUUUCGUUAAUUGAUUUUGAUGGUACAUUUACAAAGUCAUGUUAGAAUGAUCUAUUUCUAAUUGCAUGAAAUAAUUAACCAGCUAAGUUUUUAUUGAUUCAUCACCGCUUGUAAGAAAGCAACCACACUUGAUUGUUUUGGAGAACAUAUUGCCGUAAAAGCAUUGCAAAAUACUGUGCGAGUUGCCCUCUUAUGUUGGAGCAAAUGCUCGAUUCAUGCUUGUUACUUUUAGAUCAAAUUAUUCCUAUGGCCGGAAAGAAAUCAAGACAAAGACAGACCUAUCGCAAAUUUACUAAUGCAAUUUAUAAAUACGAUUCAGUCCAUGUCCAUGAAAAUAAAACUCCCCUAUCCGAUCGAAUCAGAAUUACCCGAAAGGAUCUCAAGCUUACAUUCUGAAGUCUUAUCGAGUCGAAAUCAUAGAUAAUGUUCACGUGGACGCGUUGGAUAAAUAUUAUACAAAAAUAUACUCACAUCUCCAAACAAAAAUAUAUGAAAUUUGCACUAAGCCUAGCUAUUUUUUAAAACUUUCUGAAUUCUGAUGUCGUAUUGGACGAAUUUCGUGCCAACUCGACGGGUCGUUGACAGUAAUAUCUCAACUUUUUACGAAAAAUCUUAAUUUAAAAACUCAGAUCUUCAAAAUGCGGGUUAAAGAAUGAAAUGCAGGAAAUUAUUCGUGUUUUCUUUAAAAAAUAUUUGAAAACAGAAUUUCAUUGAAAAAAAAAUGUUUUGAAAACUAACAUGCUUUUUUAAAUUCUGAACAAAAAUAGAUAUGAAUAGCUCAUACAAUUUUCAUACAAAGUCACCCAUUAGUCGGAAAAAGGGCACUUUUACAGAGAAAAAGUUUUCCGAACCAUAAUUUUUUUAUGUUAUCCUUGAAAAAUUACUAUUAAUGUUUAAUUCGUAACAUUUAUACAUAUAAAUUAUCGUGAUUUACGUGAAGUUCUGAUUUUUUUUUUCUAUUUAGAAACAUGUCGAACGUGAGAAUUUACACACAAAAAUGUUACAAGUAAAACAUUAUUUUUUCAGGAGUGUUCAUACAAAAAUGCCUUAUAUUACCGGAACUAUAAAAGGUAGAAAGUUGAUGUCCUGGACAAAAGUUCAUAUUUUAAUGAGAUCUAAAGCUUUGUCGGAUACACCACAUCGCUAUCUUCACUUUAUACUAAAUUAGGAUUAGUUGGAACUUUUUCAAAGAAAACAUGAAAAAGUUGUUUUAGAAAAACUUUUCCCCUGUAAAAUGCCCAUCUUCCGAUGUAUGGAAAACUUGUUGAAAAUUGUAAGGGCUAUUCAUAUAAUUUUUUAAGAAUUUUGAAAACAUAAGUUUUUGAGAAAAAUGAGUUUUAAUUUAUUUUUUCUGCGAAAUUUUAUUUUUUGUCGUUUUUUUUAUGAAAGUUUAAACAAUUUUCUACAUUUCAUCCUUUGACUAGAAUUUGUUUGGUAUCAUAGUUUUUGAGUUAUGUUUUUUUUUGUAGAAAUUUUAAAAAAAUAUUUUGGCACUUUCGAAAAAGUUGUCUAGUUUUUUUUAAAUGUAUCAAGUAUGCAUAGUUGCUUAAAUGACCCAUGUCUUUACACCCACAACGUUUCACUGGUACCUGAGAUGGUGCUGCCAACUCCUAAGGCGAGUUGGUAUGAAAUUCGUCAUUUAUCAAUAAAAGCAUUUCAUAUAGUUUUACUUCUUCGCCGAAAUAUGAAUAAUGAAAGUAACGCAUAUUAACCGUGAGCGGUCGAGUUAUUUCCUUCCGUAGCAGAGGAUCAUGCAUUCUACCAGGAUGUUGACACCACCAAAGAAUGUUAGUUUUUGUGCGAUCCUUUUUUGUGCGACAUUUUUAGUGCGAUUUUAUUAUCAAAUCGUAACGGAAUCGUAAACACAACAUUGUUUACGACAAAUUUCAUGCCAACUCGUCUUAGGAGUUGGCAGCACCAUCUCAGAUAGUAGUGAAACGUUGUGGGUGUAAAGAGAUGGGUCAUUUAUGCAACUUUUCAUACUUGAAAUAUUCGAAAAACAAUUAGACUACUAUCUGGAAAAAACCAAUUUUUUUUCUUAAUUUUUUACAAAAAUUUAUAACUUAAAAACUAUGAUACCUACAAAAUUCAUGUCACAGGAUGAAAUGUAGGAAAUAAAUAAAAUUUAUAUUUUUACAAAAAAUUUUGGAAAGAAAUUUCGCUGACAAAAAAAGUUAUUUUAAAAAUUAAAAUUCAUUUUUCUCAAAAACGUAUUUUUUUAAAAAUCCCAAAAAAAUAUAUAUAUGGAUAGCCCUUACAACAUGAAAAAGUUGUUGUUCGAAAACUUUUUCCAUGUAAUUGUGCCCAUUGUCCGAUGUAUGGAAAACUUGUUGGAAAUUUUGAGGGCUAUUUAUAUGUACUUCUUUCAAAAUUUUGAAAGCAUAUGUUUUCGAGAAAAAUGAACUUAAUUUUCAAAAUAUUUUUUUUCAAUGAAAUUUUUUUCCAGAAAAUUUUUUGAUAAUUUUUAAUGAAAACCAAAAUAAUU